AUGCUUAUUGUGCUUGUAGGAGCUGUGCCCUGCAAGCAUAGAGAACUAGAAGGAAUUCUGGUGAGCAGAGCUGAGCUUGCCAAGCAUAUCCAUUUUGCCAGGAAUUUCACAUCCAUCUUAACUGAGUGGUACCUAACUGAACAAGAAGCCUACAAAGAGGCAUCAUCCCUGUUUUUUGCUGGAAUGUUCAGAAAUUUAACAUUUGGCCCUUUGUCAGAUAAACUGGGCAGGAAACAAGUGUAUAUCUCAGGUAAGAUUGUUAAAAGGUCUAUUUUUGAUUUCAUUUUUAGGUAUGUCACAGACUUAGCUCCAACUUAUGACAUAGUUGCAGUUGCAUGGUCUAUCGUUUGAAUCAUGAAAGGUGGAAUGGCUCUUGUGUCUUUUGUUCUAACACAAGAAUAUGUAGGAAAAUAAUUUCAGUCAUUUACAGAUGGGAUUUGGGAUAUAUUUUAUCAUUGUUACUGGGACACAUGCUGUUCUAUCAAUAUCAACUCUUCUAACAUCAUUGAGUACAUUGUCAACCAUCUCCUAGUGGUCCGUAUCAUGUUCCCAGAAUCACCACGAUGGCUGUACUCCCAAGGGAAAAUGGCAAAAGCUGAAGAUGUGCUGGAGUACCUUGCCCUUGGUUAUGGAAAAGAGAGAUUAAAUCUAAAAUUGAAGCCAAGUGUAACUUUGAGACAGGAUGAAUUGGCAGCUGUUAUCGUGAACUUGGUGAAACACCUGGUCCUUCAGUGGUGAACCCUCAUUCUGAUGUACUUCUGGCAGGUAAUAACAGGAUGCUAA